GAGAAGAAAACAAUUUCCCUGUUGACUGUCACAUUAAUGUUUUGAAGAGCAUGAGAGAGGUUGAAAGACGGAGAAAGCAGACGAUCUUUUUUUCCUUCUCUUCUCUGUCUUUUACACUAGCUUCGCUUUUUUUCCUCCGCCGUGAGAUUUUAUUAUCGUCGUUCGUAACAAACCCCUAGGGUUCAUCGUCGACGCUUGAUUAGGUCAAGGAUUUCGUCGGAUCUGAUGGCGUUGUCGGCUUCCGAUUUGCCGGCUAUGUACACGCUACUAGCUAAUUCAAUGAGCGGUGACGAGAAUGUUCGACGGCCGGCGGAGGCGGCUCUAUCUCAGUCGGAGAGUAGACCUGGAUUCUGUUCUUGCCUCAUGGAAGUGAUUGCAUCCAAGGAUUUGGUUUCACAUGUGGACGUUCGAUUGAUGGCCUCUGUAUAUUUCAAGAACAGUAUCAACCGUCAUUGGAAGAGCAGACGAAAUUCAUGCAGUAUGAGCAACGAGGAAAAGAGUCAUCUGAGGCAGAAGUUAUUGUCUCACUUGAGAGAAGAGAACUACCAGAUUGCGGAAAUGUUGGCUGUUCUCAUAUCGAAGAUAGCCCGCUUCGAUUAUCCUAGGGAAUGGCCUGACCUCUUUUCGGUACUAGCUCAACAGCUUCACUCAGCUGACGUUCUUGCUUCUCACAGAAUCUUUCUGAUUCUUUUUCGAACCUUAAAGGAAUUGUCCACUAAACGUCUCACUGCAGAUCAGAGAACCUUUGCUGAGAUCUCGUCGCAAUUCUUCGACUUUAGUUGGCACCUUUGGCAAACUGAUGUCCAAACAAUUAUACAUGGCUUUUCAACAAUGGCUCAGAGCUAUGGUUCAAAUAAUGCUGAGCAGCAUCACGAUGAGCUUUUUCUGACUUGCGAGAGGUGGUUUUUAUGUUUGAAAAUAGUGCGGCAACUCAUAAUUUCAGGAUUUCAAAGCGAUGCCAAAUGUAUACAGGAGAUACCACCAGUGAAAGAAGUCUCUCCUGCGCUUUUGAAGGCGGUUCAGUCCUUUCUUCCAUAUUAUUCAUCUUUUCGGAAUCGAGAUCCUAAAUUCUGGGAGUUUGUAAAGAAGGCAUGUGUUAAGCUGAUGAAAGUGUUAGGCGCUAUUCAAAGUAGACAUCCUUAUUCGUUUGGAGAUAAAUGUUCUCUUCCAGUCGUAGUGGAUUUCUGCUUAAACAAGAUAACUGACCCUGAACAAGAAUUGUUGCCGUUUGAAGAUUUUUUUAUUCAGUGUAUGGUGAUGGUGAAAUCUGUGCUUGAAUGUAAAGAAUACAAGCCAAGUCUAACUGGUCGUGUGAUGGAUGAAAAUGGAGUUACAUUUGAGCAGAGGAAGAAGAAUGCUUCAAGCACAGUUAGUGGCAUUGUGACUUCACUUUUACCCAAUGAAAGGAUAGUUCUUUUGUGCAACAUACUAGUGAGAAGGUAUUUUGUUCUAACAGCAAGUGACCUAGAGGAGUGGUACCAGAACCCCGAGUCCUUUCAUCAUGAGCAGGACAUGAUUCAGUGGACAGAGAAAUUGAGGCCUUGUGCUGAAGCUCUAUAUAUGGUUUUGUUUGAGAACUACAGCCAACUGCUAGGACCUAUUGUUGUGUCCAUCCUUCAAGAAGCAAUGAAUAAUUGUCCCCCUUCAGUUACUGAAAUAACUCCUGCACUGCUUCUUAAAGAUGCGGCAUAUGCUGCUACUGCAUAUGUCUACUAUGAGCUCUCGAAUUAUCUUAAUUUCAGAGAUUGGUUUAAUGGUGCUCUAUCCCUUGAGCUCUCAAAUGACCAUCCAAAUAGGCGUAUCAUCCACCGAAAAGUUGCUAUGAUAUUGGGACAUUGGGUUUCAGAGAUUAAAGAAGACACAAAAAGAGCAGUUUAUUGUUCGUUGAUCAAAUUGUUGCAAGACAAUGACCUCGCUGUCAAGCUGGCAGCUAGUAGGUCAUUAUGCUUACAUGUCGAGGAUGCGAAUUUUUCGGAGCAAAAUUUUCUUGAUCUUCUUCCUGUCUGUUGGGAAUCAUGUUUUAAAAUGGUUGAGGAAGUUCAAGAAUUUGAUUCAAAGGUUCAAGUUCUGAACUUGAUUUCUACUCUGAUUGGCCAUGUUAGUGAAGUCAUUCCGUACGCACAAAAGUUGGUGCAAUUCUUCCAGAAGGUUUGGGAGGAAUCUUCUGGUGAAAGCCUUCUACAGAUUCAGCUUCUUGUCGCACUGCGGAAUUUUGUGAUUGCACUUGGUUAUCAGUCUCCCAUUUGCUAUAGUAUACUGCUCCCAAUACUCCAAAAGGGCAUUGACAUAAAUAGCCCUGAUGCACUCAACCUUCUGGAGGAUAGCAUGGCAUUAUGGCAAACCACACUUUCCUAUGCUCCGAUGAUGGUGCCCCAGCUAUUAUUAUGCUUCCCCUAUAUGGUGGAGAUCAUUGAAAGAAGUUUUGAUCAUUUACAGAUUUACUGA